GAAGUCCCACAGGAUCUUUGCUCUCUGAUUCUCUACCACCUUCAGAGGUGUUUCCCAUUUUGGCCUUGGGGUUUCCAGUCCAUAUUCUGCCCACAUGUUAUAUGUAGGCAUAUGCAACAACAGGAACAGCAAUUGUAGAGUCACACUGAAGCAUCCAAACUGUGAAUUAACAUAUGUGGAUUUAUAUACAUAACAAAAAAGUGAAAAUAUGUCAGGUUCUUCAUAGUAGCCACCUUUUGAUUUGACUACUGCGUUGCACACUCUUGGCAUUCUCUUGCUAUGAAUUGGUCUUCAACGUCCUGAAGAUAGUCCUGAACUCCUCUCAGCUCUUGAAUGAGUGCUUCGCUGGCAGGCCCGCUCCUCAUUGGCUGCGGAGCCUGUAGGGGCGUGGCUCUGCGGAGGUUCGGAGCAUAGGGUGAACUCCACAGUGAGGGAUGGCUAAUGGAAAGCCUUCUUGACAGCGAUCGGUCCUUGUAGGCUGCAGUUCACAUCAGGCCCCCCCUCACUGUGCGUCCCGUGGGGGAGUGUGCGUGCUUGCCUGCGUGAGCAUGAAUAUGUUAGAAAGAGGAGGCGUUGGAUGCGUGGCGGUGCGAUGAGGCCAGUGCACUUUGCGGGACUUGCGCUGCAGAGAGCGUCCGCCGAUCCCACGACCUGUUGCUGACAAGCGGGGGCAGAGGGAGCGGGUGAGGAGGGUGGGGUGGAGGUGGUGGUGGUGGUGGUGGAGCCGCUCAGCGGAGACGGCGCUCACUGCCGUGGAGAGCUACAGCCGGGGUUUAUUUGCGGAGGAAAUCAUGCAGUUUGCAAUCUGGCUGCUUGGGCUAACGUGUCAUCUGUCAUUGCUUGUCCGAGUCGCUCUGCAGCAGCGGUUGCACCCCAAACAAGAGCGCUUCAUUAAGCAGCUGUCAUCGUAUGAAAUCACCACUCCGCUGCGCGUCAAUGACUUCGGAGAGUCGUUCCCGCACUCGCUUCACUUCAGGAGGAGGCGGAGGAGCGUGGACGAUGACCUGUCAGGCACGCGGGUCCACUACCGGAUAGAUGCGUUCGGUGAGCUCUUCCACCUGAACCUCACGGCGGACUCCAGCUUCAUUGCCUCCUCCUACACGGUCACACACUUGGGAGCCGAGCGGGACAACGGCACGGAGCCGCGCUCCCGCGACAUGCGCCACUGCUUCUUCCGCGGGCACGUCAACGCCAAACGCGAGCAUCCCGCCGUGUUCAGCCUGUGCUCCGGCUUGAUUGGAACAUUUACAACACAACAUGGUGAAUACUUCAUGGAGCCUCUUUUGCCUGCUGAUGGAGAUCAGUAUGAAGAGACACACAACAAACCCCACCUGGUGUAUCGACAGGAGAGAAGGAACGUCUCAAGUGCAGAUGAGCCCCAUGCUGCCCCAGAAGUGUCCGAGAAGCUUGUCACCUUUAAGAGCAGAGGGGACAUGAGAAAGGAGCUGGACUCUUUCAGAAACACUAUAGAACAACAAGAAAGCCAUGAAACCAACUCCACCGGAGAGCACAGCAGACCCGGGCGCAGACGCAAACGCUUCCUCUCUUAUCCACGUUACGUCGAGCUCAUGGUGACGGCAGAUGCUAAAAUGGCCCAACAUCAUGGUCGCAACUUGGAACACUACAUCCUUACAAUCAUGUCAGUAGUAGCAGCGGUGUACAAAGACCCCAGUGUAGGAAAUCUCAUCAACAUCAUGGUUGUCAAGCUGGUCAUCAUCCACAACGAACAGGAAGGACCCACAGUGAGCUUUGACGCUGCCACGACGCUUCACAACUUCUGUGUCUGGCAACAGAACCAAAAUGUCCAGGAAGACAGUGAUCCCUCUCAUCAUGACACCGCACUCCUCAUAACCAGGGAAGACAUCUGCAGAGCAAAGCACAAAUGUGACACUUUAGGGCUUGCAGAGCUUGGAACCAUGUGUGACCCGUACCGCAGCUGCUCCAUCAGCGAAGAAAAUGGAAUUAGUGCCUCCUUCACCAUCGCUCAUGAGCUGGGCCAUGUGUUCAACAUGCCUCACGAUGACAGCCCCAUGUGCCGGGAGGCGGGAAUGAAGCACCAGUACCAUGUCAUGGCCCCCACUCUCAACUAUGACACCAAUCCCUGGUCGUGGUCCAAGUGCAGCCGCAAGUACAUCACAGAGUUUCUGGACACCGGGUAUGGGGAGUGCCUCCUGGAUGAGCCUGUAGGCAGAAUUUAUGAACUCCCCACACUGCUGCCGGGUCAGAUCUACAAUGCCAACAGGCAGUGUGAACUGAUGUUUGGCCCCGGUUCCCAAAUUUGCCCCUACAUGAAACAGUGCAAAAGGUUAUGGUGUACAAGUUCAGAAGGGGACCACAAGGGCUGCCGCACCCAACACAUGCCCCUAGCUGAUGGGACUGACUGUGGUCAUGGAAUGUAUUGCAGGCACGGAAUGUGUGUCAACAAGGAACUGGACCUGCAACCAGUCCAUGGAGAGUGGGGUCCUUGGGGACCCUACAGUGCUUGCUCCAGGUCCUGUGGAGGAGGAACAAGGAGUGCCACUAGAGACUGCAAAAAGCCUGAGCCAAGAAAUGGCGGUCGAUUCUGCGUGGGCCGCCGGAUGAAAUUUCGCUCCUGCAACACUGAGCCAUGUCCAAGAGGAAAGAAGGACUUCCGCGAAGAGCAAUGCUCGCAGUUUGACGGCAAGCACUUUAACAUCAACGGCCUGACUCCCAAUGUCCGUUGGGUCCCUAAAUACAGCGGCAUACUAAUGAAGGAUCGCUGUAAGCUGUUUUGCCGGGUGGCUGGUGCUAUGAUGUACUAUCAGCUAAAGGACCGCGUCAUUGAUGGCACUCCGUGUGGUCCAGACACGUAUGACAUCUGUGUUCAGGGACUCUGCAGGCAAGCAGGCUGCGACCAUGUGCUUAAUUCCAAGGCAAGAAAUGACAAAUGUGGCGUGUGCGGAGGGGACAACUCAUCCUGUAAAACUCUGGCAGGGACCUUCAACGAUGCUCAGUAUGGUUACAACACAGUGGUUCGGAUCCCAGCCGGAGCCACCAACAUUGAUAUCAAACAGGUCAGCUACUCGGGAAAACCUGAAGAUGACAGCUACCUCGCGUUAUCUGAUAGCCAAUCAAACUUCCUCCUAAAUGGGAACUUUGUGGUGUCCAUGUUCAAAAGGGAAAUAACCCUCAAGGGGACGGUCAUUGAAUACAGCGGCUCUGACACUAAAGUUGAGCGCAUCAAUUGCACAGAUCGCAUUGAGGAGGAGAUCAUUCUACAGGUUUUGUGUGUGGGAAACCCCCACAACCCAGAUGUGCGCUACUCCUUCAACAUACCUAUUGAGGAGCACAGGGAGCAGUUUCUGUGGGAUCCUUCAGGAUCCUGGCUUGAGUGCAGCCGCAUGUGCCACGGUGAGAGAAGACGCAAGGCCGUAUGCUUUCGACAAAGCGAUCACCUUGAAGUUUCGGACCAACGCUGCGAACACCUACCUCGUCCUGUUGCUGUCACUGAGCCCUGCAAUGCCGACUGUGAAGUUAGGUGGCACGUUGCUGGAAAGAGCGAGUGUUCGGCUAAGUGUGGCCCCGGCCACCGCAGCUUGGACAUUCAGUGCAUGAAGUACAGCCUCCUACAGAGGGAGAGUGAGAGGGUGGAGGCAAGUGCCUGCGCUGAGAUCCCCAAACCUCACACAAGAGAGUCGUGUCACGGAGACUGUCUCCUCAAGAGCUGGCAGUACAGCGCAUGGACUCAGUGCUCCAAGACAUGUGGUCGUGGGAGUCGUAGCAGAGAGUCCUAUUGUAUGAAUAAUCUGGGCCGUCGCCUGGUGGACAGGGAGUGCAGUGAGUUCCAGAGGGUGGUCAUCGAGACCUGCAAUGACCUGCCCUGCCCACAGUGGACUGUUAAUGAGUGGAGUGAGUGUCUGGUAACCUGUGGAAAAGGAAUGAAGCACAGACUGGUGACCUGCAUGGGGGGCGAGGAGGAGAAGCUGAGCGAACAGUACUGCGACUUGUCCACUAAACCCGCUGCCACUGAGAGCUGCCAGCUGCCAGAGUGUGCAUCGUGGCAGGUUGGCAUCUGGGGAGCGUGUGCGGUGACCUGUGGCCAUGGCUACCAGAUGAGAGCUGUGCGGUGUGUGUUAGGGGAUUACGGCAACACAGUCGAUGACAGGGAGUGCAAUGCUGCUGCGAGGCCCAGAGACAGCCAGGAGUGCGAGAUGCCUGCGUGUCCUUGGAUCUCUCCAGUCCAAAGCACCCCUCGUCCUGACAACUCUGCGCAGCUGCAUACUCAGUGGAGAUAUGGCUCCUGGACAGCGUGCUCAGUGUCCUGUGGAAAAGGGAAGCAGGCACGCUACGUCACCUGUAUAAACGCCCAGGGAGCGGUGGCUGAUGAAUCCUAUUGUGCCCACCUGCCCCGCCCUCCAGAGUUCUCCACCUGCUUCAGCCCAUGUGGUCAAUGGCAUGCAAGAGAGUGGUCUACUUGCUCGGUGACUUGUGGUGUGGGACGAGCCACGCGACAAGUGGUUUGUUCUAACUACCAUCACCCAGUAGACCAAUCUUUCUGUGACAACGACGACAAGCCUGCCACAGAGCAAGAAUGUACAGCUGGACCUUGCCCUUCUGUCUACAACCGUCAGCGCAUUUAUGAGCAACCAUAUGGAUAUCCUCAGGAUCCAGGUCAUCAUCCGGGCCACAGUAGCUGGAAUGUCCCUUCAGCGGACAACCAGUGGAGGACCGGACCCUGGGGCGCGUGCUCCAGUACCUGUGAGGGGGGCUUUCAGAGGAGAGUGGUGGUCUGUCAGGAUGGAGAUGGGCGCAGCAACAGCUACUGUGAUGAGAGGAUCAAACCUGCUGAGUCCAAGAGCUGUGACUCUGGGCCUUGCCCUCUGUGGAACUAUGGUGUCUGGGGAGAGUGCACCCAGCCCUGUGGUGGGGGAAGGAGGACUCGCUUGGUGGUUUGUCAAAGACCCAACGGAGAGACCCUUAUAGACUACAACUGUGAUAUGCUGGACAAGCCGCUUGAUAUGGAGCAAUGCAAUCUGCAGCCCUGCCCGGGCUCCGCCUCCUGGCAUCGCCAACCAUGGAAGCCGUGCUCGGUGAGCUGUGGGCGGGGCAUCAAGCAGCGGGAAAUAGCCUGUGUUUAUCAGAACCAAACCAAACUAGAAGAGGCUCACUGCAGCCAUCUGCAGCGGCCGCGCACACAAAAAGCCUGCCGGGCUCGAAUUUGCCCUACUUGGAAAACCAGCAGGUGGCGGGAGUGUUCCGUCACCUGUGGGUUUGGAGUUCAAAACCGGGACGUCUACUGCAGGUUAAAAGGUGCUGGGCGUGUCAGAGAGGAUCUGUGUGAUGCUGGCACACGCCCACUUUUUCUCCAACCAUGUCACACAGCUGAAUGUACACACUACACCUGGGUUACUGGAGAAUGGGACAAAUGCAAUGUAUCAUGUGGAGACGGCACUAGAAGCAGGAAGGUAUGGUGCGCCGGUCCAGAAAUGACACCCGCCCAGAACGAUUACUGUGAGCCUUCAUCCAGACCUCCUUCAGUCCAGUCCUGUACAGAAGCUGCAUGUCAGUAUGUGUGGGUGACAGGAGAAUGGUCUCAGUGCUCCGUCACCUGCGGCAUUGGCUACCAGCAACGCUACGUUUCCUGCUCCAUGAUUCCAUCUUCUCCUGGUCAGGGCUUGUAUGCCCAGACUCCUAUCGCUGCAGAAAAGUGCCUUGAGCCGUCCCCUCCAGGCACCCGUCCGUGUGUGCUCAGGGAGUGCUCAAACACUGCCUACUGGAAAGCUGGUCCAUGGAGCAAGUGUUCGCAGACAUGCGGGGCGGGACUGAUGGAGCGCAGAGUAGAGUGCAUGACCUUAAAAGGCCAACCGUCCAAAGUCUGCCAUCACUCAGAAAGGCCUGCAUCUCAAGCUGCCUGUCAAGACAGACAAUGCCAGCUGUUCACUUCCUGUCGGGAGGUCCAGAUGAGGCAGGGCGUGAGGAUGAAUGGAGAGUACUAUCUAAAAGUCAAGUCUCGGAUCCUCCAGAUUUACUGUGCCGAGAUGCAGACUGAUUUCCCCAAAGAGUAUGUGACACUACGCAGCGGUCAGACGGACAACUACUCCGAGGUGUAUGGUUACAGGCUUCUGAACCCAUUUGAAUGUCCGAAUAAUGGCAGCCGUCUGCAGGACUGCAGCUGCAGAAACGACUACUCGGCAGCGGGAUACACGCUCUUCCACAAAGUUCGCCUGGACCUGAGCUCUCUGAGAAUAAUGAUCACAGACCUGCAGUUUUCCCAGACUCUUCUUGGCCGUCCUGUGCCCUUUGCCACAGCAGGGGAUUGUUAUAGUGCAGCUAAGUGCCCACAGGGCCAGUUCAGUAUCAAUCUGACUGGGACUGGCCUGAAAGUUGCUCCAGCCACCAAAUGGACAUCUCAAGGCAACUAUGUUUCUGUUAAAGUCCACCGAUCUGAGGUAACAGAUUUCAGGGUUUGGGAUUAUAGCUGCACUAGCCUGGGUGGUACAGUUGUGCUUUUUUGGAGUGACAUCCAAAUCUAUGUUUUUUGUCCUCUGAAGUUCAUGAAAAAAGCUGCCCUUUUGCCUACAGCUUCCUCAGUCAUUUUUCUGUUGGUAGGACGGAACGAGGAUCUACGGCCGCUGCGGUGGUUUCUGUGGGAAGUGCAUUCCCCAGGCGCACAGUGGUCUACUCCUUCAAGUGCACUGAGAGCCAGGCCAAGACGCCACAAAUCCAUGUGGACAACAGAAAGCCAGAAACAUCCAAGAGCCAUUUGUUGGGUCUUGACAUGGACUAGUAUCUGAGCGUGUGUUUGUGUGUGGAGGAGCAUAUGACACCCAACAUCACUGGUUCCCAAAUGGCAGCUAAACACAACAAUACAUUACUCCCACAGCAGUGCUGCAUAGGAGCCCAGGAGAACAAAAGUUGCUGCCGUUUAUUUUUUUUGUUGUUGGUUGCAAUCGACAUCAUCUUUUAGAAAAAUGCAAAGGGACAGUUGUAGAGACAGCAUGGUUAAAAAAAAACAUUCUCUCUUAUGCUUUCAUGAUAAUAUGAAAUUAGCUUGUCUGCUGUCUGACUGAUGAGGGGAAAAUCAUAACUUUGUAACUUUAAUUCUAAUUGCGGUCAGUGGAAUUUAGUGCAGGAGGCGGAUGAAACCAAGUUUUCUUUGGCUGCUUUCAUAGGAAGGUUCCUUGUGUAGGAAGUUGAGAGGUUUGCAAUCAAGAAAAACGAUUUCCCUUUUUUUGCUUUUGCUUUUAUUUGCCGAAAGAACUUCCUCUUAAACAACAAAACUACAGAAUAACCAUUGACUCUAAAUGGAAACUGGACAGAGUGACUCCUCCCCCCUGACAUUUGACACAGGAAGUAACCACUGGUACCAAGACGCCAAAAUCCCAUAGACUUCUUUUGGGAAAUAACCCGCUAUUAAGAACCAUUCUUGAUAAUCCUCAUUUUUCUUCCAUGAUGUUUAUAAUGCUAGUUGUUCAAGUAAAACUCACCAAAAUGUUAGUCCCUUUUUAACCUCCGAGUUUCAAGUGAAAGCAGUGCGGUUGUCCAACAAGCUCACUCUUUAUUAGUGAGAGUUGUUGCUAUAGAAAUGUUGACUCAGACCAAUCACUGCUUAAUGACAACAUCUGGUUCCAACAUGGCGACGUUCGUAUCGUGAAAAAAUAGAGACUGAAUUAACUUUAUUUCGUUUGAACCAGAAGUGAGUCAUUUUCUAUGGAUAACAUCACACUCACUUGGUCUACUUCUCAUAUAGAGUCACUAAGCAUGACAAAAAAGAAAAAAAAGAGCAUGACACUGACCACAGACCAGAUCAUCACUUUUGCUGUGUGGAAAUGCACAAAUGUUUCCCAGAGUUAAAACUAUUUGAAAAGUGUUCAAUUUUUUGUUUUCAGAUUAUUUUUAGUAGCACUUUUACUCAAAGUAAGUCAGAAAUAGAAUGAUUAAAAUAUCAUAAGAGAUCUGGGGCGAAUCUAGAUGUCUAACCUCUCUAGUAUCUGUUCUUGCCAAUUCAUAAACUUCGAAUCAUUACUUCAAAUUCACAGCUCAUUAUAAUAAAGUUCUCAUAUAUUUGUUGUUCACCUUUCAGGAUUUAUUACAUUAGGGGUCACCACUGCUCUGGUUUUGGCAGAGAUAUUUACGCUGGAUGCCCUUCCUAACACAACCCUGUAUUUUGUCCGGGCUGGGGACCAGCACAGGGAUACGCCCCUUGUGGGUCAACAGUUAGGCAGUAGUGUGAAUGGUCUUGCCUAAGGACCCAAACUGGAUUAAGCCCAUUGCGCCCCCUUGGAAAUAAACCCUGGUUUCCCACAUGCCAGUCCUACACAUAACUGAGCCAUACAGCCGCUAAAUUUCUUGUAAAUAUAUUCUCCUAUUGCAUUUGUGAUGGCCACAGGUGGUUCAGUUCUCCUUUUUUAUACACUGUGACUAAGUACCUGGGAUGAUUUUUUUACCUCACAUCCUCAGUCUGGCCUGCUGUACCUGCAACCCCCUACCUCUAACAAGCCUCCAUAAUAACUGUAUUAUUUAUGUAUUCUUUGACUGUAUUUAUUCUUCAAGAUAUGUUCUGUUUGCUACAUUACCGUGACUACUAGCAGCAACCAACAAGUAACUUUCACCACUACUACAACUGAUAGAUAUAAGGAAGUUUUUUUUCUCUUCUCAGCAAUAUUCAAAGAGUGUCUGAAAGUUAUUAAUGUCAGUGAGCAGCUAGAAAACAUUUGACUAUCAUGUGUGUUUUGUCAAUUGUAACUUGACAUGUCUGUAUCAGAAAUUUGACAAAUACUUGUUGCACUAUGUGCCGUUCAUUGUGUAGAAAUGUAAUCCAGUUUUUUUUUUAAUAACAACUUUUAAGAUUUGUAACUUAUGACAUAUGUGUGUUUUUACUACUUGAAGUGUAAACGGUGUGCUAGUUAUUGAAUGGGCACUUAGACAAUGUGCUUGUUUGCCAUGCUCUAUCCAAAGAUGUUCUUUUUUUUAAGAAUGCACAUACAGUAUGUAUUUAUGUAUGUAUUCAUGCGUGUAUGUAUGUAUGCAGCCUGUGAGGCAUGGUGCUACGGUUACUAAUCACUACAUGCUUUUUUACUAAUGCUGUAAAAAUACUUUAAGAAACAAUAAAAUUUGCUGUCAAUA